AUGGAUAUAUCUGGCGUGGCCUUGAUCACCGGAGCGGCAUCCGGCAUCGGGGCAGCCACGGCAAUCGCGCUUGCCCGCGAUGGCUGCAGCGGUCUUGCUCUGGCCGAUAUCAACGAAGAGUCAAUCUCCAAAGUCAUGUCGCAGGUCCAAGCUCUAGGUCUUCCCAAGCAGCCACGCAUACACUCUUACGUCCUCGACGUAACGGAUGAGAAGGCAGUUGAUAGGAUAGUGGCUGAGGUGGCCCAAGCUUUCGGACGAAUAGACUAUCUGGUGAACGCUGCCGGCAUCGCGAAGAAGGUACCAGGUGGUGCAGCGUUCACCUCAACACCGGACUGGCAGCGAGUGAUAGACGUCAAUCUCACUGGGAGCUUCUUUGUGCUGCGUGCCGCUGCACAAGUCAUGCUGAAGCAGUCACCGCUGUUGAGCACAAUCGAUGGGCGGGAGCUACAGCGCGGCUCCAUCGUCAACUUUGCAUCCAUCCUCGGAGCGGUUGGCGUACCUAUGACCACGGCAUAUACCGCGAGCAAGCACGGUGUCCUAGGUCUGACCAAGACAGCAAGCGAGGACUAUGCUGCCAAGGGCCUAAGGAUUAAUGCCAUCUGUCCCGGCUAUACCGAGACUCCAAUGACUAUGGGCAAUGAACUUGUCAGAGAUGUCAUGGCAGAGAAGGUGCAGAAAGAUGUGCCGAUGAGGAGGAUGGGAAAGCCGCAGGAGAUUGCGGACGGUGUUGUAUAUCUCUGCGGUGGGAGAAGCAGUUUCGUGACCGGCACGGGUCUGUUCGUGGACGGCGGAUAUACUCAGCGGUAA